AUGACCAGAACUUUUUCAGACGGUUCUUUCCAAGUGGAGAAAAAGACCAGUAAACUUCCAGAAACUAUGAUGGGAGACAAAAUCAACACAGAAAUUGCAACAAUUAACGAUACGGUUUUUGAAUUCCCGGCACCAAGCCAAACUUGCGGCCAAAUCGAAUCGCCCGUCCAAUUCCUGAAAUCUCAGUGACCUAUCAGGGCAGCCAUUCUCGAGAAAAGUGCAGCAUUAUUUAUCCGAAGGCAUUAACACAAAAAAAUCAUACUAUAACCAACUGAAGAAUCACAUCUUUGUAGAAAGAAAGUGGUUUUUGCAAAGGAAUAGUAAAUUAUAUCGCGGGAUAAAAUUAUACGUCCUAUUCUGUUUUGUUUUUUCAUUACCGGUAAUCAUUAUUUUUUUCUGAAGAGAGGUAUUGUUGAGCCGUCAAUCCAUUAUGAAAAAUGAGUUUCUUUCAAAGACUAUGAGGACAAGCGCCAAAAAUCUAAUAUAUCGGGUAUUUGCAAUAUUUUGCAAUAGAAUGAGUUAGACAAAAUUGACCUUAUAUAAAAGGGAAAAUUGACAAGAAGAUAUAAGGUUUUAAAAUGCUGGUUUUAUUUCCGAAGAGAGAGAGAGUAAAAUGUGAAAAAAUACUUUCCAAGACCAAGUAACCAAAGUAAGAUAAUACCCUUCAGCUUGUUAAAACAGCGGAGCAAUAUUCUGAUUUCUAAAAGCAAGGACUUUCGCUCUUGGCUAUUGACCUUGAGCCUUUUUAAGGUCAACCUGCACUUUUUGCAAAGAAGGCUGUCAUCACAAUCAUUUGAUGAAACAAUAGAUAACGGACCAAAACAAUUUAACCAGCCCUAAAGCAAUAGGAGGUGCAAUUUAUGGGAGACCAAUAACAAUAGAGGUUUAGAAGGGGUCUGGUAAUGCGUUAGGCAAUUUUCAGCUUUACUUAAAAAAAAAGAGGUUUACUUGACACGAACACCAGGAAUGAUAAGGAGAUAAGGAGAUUAGGGGUGCGGGCCAUUUUUGUGAAGUGUCUUGCUGCUGCGGAGGCAGGCAUCGGAUCGAGUCCUUUUAAGGCCACUAAAAAUUGCGUUGUAACAUCGAGGCUGUAAAAUCCAUAUGUUUGAUGCAUAAUUCCUCCGUAAACUCUAAAACAAUGGCCGUCCGUUCAGAUCAAAAAUCGAGUAAUGAUUUUAAGUUAUUGAUGACAUAUAUUUGACAAGCUAAUUACAAUUGUGACGUAUCAUUUCCCUAAGGGCUUUAAGGAUAUUUAUUUUCUUUAUUGAACUAUUAACUCUUGCUUUAAGUAAAUAAUGAAAAUCAGUAAGACAACUUCCAAUGGCUACCCAGAGCAAAUAAUUCCUAAUUGUAUAGUUUGAGGUCAAGCAGAAAAACAUUUCAAAUUAAGCAACAGUACCUUUACUGACUAGCAAUCAAGAUAGGAAGGUUUUGAUGAUGAUGAUGAUGAAGAUGUUUUGCAAAUGCGGAGAUUCAAGUGUAUCGGGGCGGAAGACGAAACACCCCGACAGGAAUUUUUGAGAGUUGUAGAAAGAGAGAUGCAUGAAGAGAAUGUGCCACUAAAAGCGCGGCCCAGACUUGAACCAAAGGAGGAAAACGAGAGAGAUGCAAUUGCUACGGAUAAGCAUCAUGGCACUAGCUGCUUCUGUGUCGGGUACAUUGCAAAGCACUUACAAAGUAUCUGCACUCUGUCAUAA